AACCGAAGGUACUUGACUUGCCCUUCUUCAAGGUGAGGCCCAAGUUGGGCCCCAAGUUGUGGCGUUUUAUUGGUGAGAGGAAAGUGAUCCAACGAACGCAAGAAACACAAAAGUGAACGAGUCGCAUAGAUAUACACGCGCGCGCGAAACGAACACAUGCUUCACUCACAGGACAACUUGUUUGCCACGUUGAGCAAAACACCUUUAAUUAUACCUGAAUUUUGUGACAAAAAUUAUUUAUAUAAACAAGCCGGAAGAGAUGCCGGCGUUAAUGCUAUUUGGAAGGAAGUGGUUAGCUGCUACUGACGAUCUUGUAUAUCCGGGACUAUUUGAAAUAUUCAUUCGUAUUACUUGGAUUAUAUUAAUAGGAAUCGCAUGCUUAAAAUAUUAUGACGAAACGUGGAACUGUCAAUCAGGAGGGGGUUUAAUCAGAGUUUAUUUAGUUGGAGAAAUAGUGAUGUUAGGAAUUAUAACUAUUUUAGUAUGUUUCAUUGUUAAUCACAGUGCAAGAGGAUCAAUUACCGAUACUUAUGCCCGUCGUUUCGUUCAACCUCUUCUAACAGUCAAAAUUCUAUUGAUACCAUUGGAGAUAGUGUGGAACAUUCUCGGUUCAUUGUGGGUUUUCAGUGAAAAUAUUCACUGUAAUCAUGAUCAUUAUACAAUAACUGUCGUGAAGGUUUUGAUAUUUUUCGACUGGGUGCUAAUUGGCCUGGCGAUACUUGGCCUGGCGCUGGUCUUCGAUCCACUCGGUACAUUUGGGAUGGAGGACAAGGUCCUCGAGGAUGCAAUUGAACAUAAAAAAGUCUCCAGAAUUUGGCUUCGACGAUUCAAGUUUUUCUGGUGGAUGAGAAGAGAUGAAAGUGCAAACGAAACCUUUCAACAUGUUGCUGGUUUAAUGAGUUCCCUUUUUCGUGGUACUGAUUUGGUUCCAUCGGACGUGUUGGCUGGAUGUGUCCUUCUAAGAGUAAGACAGAAACGCGAGACCCUCGAAUUAAGGCGACUUAACAUUUUAGAGAGGCCGAAAUAUACCUCGGAUUCUCAAAAUAUUUUUGCUGGCACACCAAAUUGGAUGACAUUAGAAUGGGCACAGCAUUAUAUGCAAUUAUCAAUUGCCUCCUAUGGAUGGCUUUUUGUUAUUUAUCAACACGCUUGUACUGGAUGUUUUCGUUUAAUUAAAGGAAUGACAUGUUGUGCGUGUUUUAGGAGAAAACGUAACAUAAUUAUAGAAGACAAUUGUUGCUUGUGCAGUCUUUCUGGCAUUAAAUAUCUUUCGAAAGUGUCUGAAGAUGAUAUCCUAUUCGCAUCCUUCAGAAAUCAUCUCUGUGAGAUACCAUUUUGCGUAAUUGCGGAUCAUAAAACGGCGAGUAUUGUAAUUAUUAUUCGCGGUUCCUUAUCAUUAAGGGAUGUCAUUACGGAUAUUACCGCAGCUUCUGAUACAUUUGAAAUUGAAGGUCUUCCCGCUGGUAGUAUGGCACACAAAGGUAUGAUUGUGGGAGCAAAAGUUCUUUUAAAACAAUUGAAUCAAUUCAAAAUUUUGGAGAAGGCUUUCGAAAAAUAUCCCAAUUAUAAUUUAACAUUAACAGGUCACAGUUUGGGAGCUGGAUUAGCAGUUUUAUUAGGUUUACUAAUUCGUCCUAAAUAUCCAGAAUUAAAAGUCUAUGCAUUCGCAACUCCAGCUGGACUGCUAAGUAGGGAGGCAGCAAAAGUAACUGAAGAAUUUGUACUGACAGUAGGACUGGGAGAUGAUUUUAUAAUGAGAUUGAGUGUUGACAGUACUGAAAAUUUUAGAACUUCAUUACUGAUCACGCUUCAAGCUUGUCAAUUGCCGAAGUAUCGAGUCGUAUUAAAUGGAUUUGGUUACAUGUUGUUUGGCGUUCCUGAUCGAGAUCUCAAUAGAACCUGGAGGAAUGGCAAUACAAUUAAUUCAAUUCCAGGACAAUUGCCCCUUUUGGUCGAAAAUGGUUCAAGAAGCCAAAGAGAAACGAGAAUUUUAGAGCGAGAUCUAUCAAGGAGGAGAUUUUCAAAAGUUCGACUAUACACCGCAGGACGAAUUCUUCACAUUGUGAGAUGCAAGAAUUUGACGACAGAUAAAAAGAAAAAGACAAAAAGCAAAGAUCAAAAAUACAAAAUGCGUUGGGCGCAAGCCGAGGAUUUUAUGGAAAUGUCAGUGAUGCCACGAAUGCUUCUCGAUCAUUUGCCAGAAAAUUUGGAACGAGCACUAUCAACAUUAAUUAAACAACAGGAUGAAUCGCCAUUGUAUAUUGAUUCAUUAUAGCCAAAGGAAAAUCAUCAUCUUUCAUUAAAAUUCAAAAAAAAAAAAUUAAA